UAAAGUCAAUCAAUCAAAACUAAAGAGCUAUUCAUCCAAAAAAAAAUGAAGGCAUUUUGACAAAACAACAAAUGGUUAAAAAGAAAACAAAUAAGAGGAAUUCACAAGAAUAAGCAUUGAAUAGAGCCUUGAAAAUGUUAAUGAGAGAGAGAGAGAGAGAGAGAGAGAGAGAGAGAGAGAGAGAGAGAGAUUGUGAGGUAAGCAAGUAAACACGACAGAGUCAAUAAAAACCAAUACGAUAGUCUAUGCUACUACUAUAGGAUGAUAUUGUAAGGUACCAGAACAAGAAGGGGACAAAUAUCAUAUUUAAGGAAGGCCCAACACACUUGGAUUGAUCAGAUUGUGGACCUUUCCCACUUGCUGCAAACAAACACAAUAGUCAUCAUGAGUUGUGCCAAUCAUGAUCAUGAAUGCCUAGGUUGGGCAGCUACAGAUCCAUCUGGUAUUGUUUCUCCUUACAAAUUCAAUCGCAGGGCUGUUGGGAGUGACGAUGUCUCCAUAACCAUUACUCACUGUGGAAUUUGUUAUGCGGAUGUAGUCUGGACCAGAAACAAACAUGGAGAUUCCAAAUAUCCUGUGGUGCCCGGACAUGAGAUUGUUGGGGUUGUGCAAUCUGUUGGGUCUGGUGUUAGUCGUUUCAAAGUAGGAGACCAUGUUGGUGUUGGAACAUACGUUAACUCUUGUAGAGAUUGCCACUACUGUAAUCAAGGCCUAGAAAAUCAUUGCCAAAAGGGAUCUGUUUACACUUUCAAUCAUGUUGAUGCUGAUGGCACCAUCACCAAAGGAGGCUAUUCUUCUUUCAUUGUUGUCCAUCAAAGAUACUGUUUCAAGAUACCUGAUAGUUAUCCACUAGCCUCAGCAGCACCUCUUCUUUGUGCUGGAAUAACUGUUUAUGCUCCCAUGGUUCGCCAUAAGAUGAACCAACAACCCGGGAAAUCAUUCGGUGUCAUUGGGCUUGGUGGUCUUGGACACAUGGCUGUCAAGUUUGGAAAGGCUUUUGGCUUGAAUGUAACAGUUUUCAGCACAAGCAUUUCCAAGAAAGAGGAAGCUCUGACUCUUCUUGGGGCAGACAAAUUUGUUUUAUCAUCUGACCAAGAACAGAUGAAGGGUCUGGCCAAUUCGUUUGACUUCAUUAUCGACACAGCAUCUGGAGAUCAUCCAUUUGAUCCAUACAUGGCACUGUUGAAAACAUAUGGUGUCUUUGUCUUGGUGGGGUUCCCAAGUGAAGUCAAACUAAGUCCUGUCAAUCUUAAUUUGGGUGAUAAAACCCUUUGUGGGAGCACAGUAGGUGGCACAAGAGAGAUACAAGAAAUGUUGGAGUUUUGUGCUGCUAAAGGAAUACAACCCAAUAUAGAAGUGAUUCCAAUUCAGUAUGCAAAUGAAGCUCUCGAGAGGCUAAUAAAAAGAGAUGUCAAAUAUCGGUUUGUGAUUGAUAUUAAAAACUCUCUCAAAUGAGAACCAAUUCAUAAACACUGUCAAGUGUCUUAAGUGUUUUGGUUUAGAUGAAUUUAAGUAUGCCAUAUUUUGUGUAAGUUGAGUUGGACUGAAUUAGGGGGUGUUGUGUUGGUGAUCUCAAAGACAACAUAAACAUAUAGAAAGUAUACUAUCUAUCUAUCUUUCUUCCUUAUA